GUCGGGCCCCUCUCUGUACCAACGUCUACCAUUUAAAACACACUGAUGCGUCUGAGUACCAUGUGUAUUUCCCGCCGUACGAUCCGAUCUGGCGUUUACUGCACGUUUCGCUUGGGGAAAACCAAGGAGAAAGCACCAUUUUUUGGCCUCUAUAAAUGUAUAGAGUAUCCGAUCGAUCGAUCUUUGUUUUCUGAACGAAUGAUUUAGCCAACUUGCAAGACAUAGUUGUUUCAAGGUAAGAUAAACCUGUAGUAUCGUCAUUGCAUCAGCGUGUGUCGUGCAGUCCAAUCAAGAUGAAUCCCGCCAAUCAACAACAGCCUCCUCUUAACCAACCAGCAAUGAUACGUGUCAUGCGGAGACUGCGCAGACGGAUGGUACAGGGCAAUGGCGAUGAAGUCGCCGAUCAUUCAGACGAUGACGAACCACUAGAAGAAGAGCAGUUGCGUGAGUUGAUGCAGAGAGGGGCAACCACCAACAGAACACAGAACAAGACAAGAUUUGCCGAGUUGUUAGCCGUGAAGAAAAGAGUGGCUGAUGGCAAAAAGAUGACUGAGCUUCGGAAGCGGAAAAUACAACAGAAAAUGACGCCCCUGUUUCUCAACGAUUGUGUCUCGGCUCUCUUCAACAACACUCGCUUGAGUGACGUCACCCUAAAGGUGGGCCCGUACCUCUUCCACGCCCACAAGCUCAUCCUCUGUGCAUGGAGUGAAGUGUUCCGGGCCCAGAUGAACGACAGAUGGUCGUCGAGCACCCCUAAUGAUGAGCCCCAGGUGCACACACUGAAUGAGCAUGAAGCCUGCGAGGAGUAUUUUGAGGAUUUCCUGCGGUUCUUCUACACUGAGGAGGUGAAUCUGGAUGAGGACAGCGUCUUUUGCAUCUUGAUUCUGGCUGAUAAGUAUAUGGUGCGUGACCUGAAGGACGUGUGCGAGAAGUAUCUGUUGGCUUUACUGGAGACCUCUACCGCGCCCUUUGUGGAUGCCAUGAAAUCGUUGAAGUUGGCAGAGGACCUGAGCAGGGUCGAGCAGAAGAGCUUCAGCCUGCUGGAAAACCACUUCCACAUGUGGACCACUGAUGACGACGCAGUGCCCACCUUGUACUGGUUUGACGCGGAGCUUCUCGAGAAGGUGCUGCAGAGCUCCAACCUUGUUGUUCCUAACGAGCUCUUCGUCUUCGGUGCCAUCAGGCGUUGGCUGCGUACGGAGAGCUGCAAAGUAGAGCGGGAGGAGUACACCGACCAGUUGCUGUCCUUGGUCCGUUUUGAGCACAUCCCGGCAUCCGUUUUAGCCCACUUGCUCGAUGGCUGCUCUGCAACUCUUGAACCCAAGGUCAAGGAGUAUGUCAUCCAGGCGCUGAAGGCAAGGGCACUUGCUGGAGAGGAGGCCUACGAAGACAUGUGCAAGGAAUUCUCAAAUCCUCGCAUGUACCUGGAGCCGGCAUUCUGCGUGCGUAUAACCAACACCGAGUGGCGCAUCGACGACGGGUCUACCUUCAGACAGCUAGAGCUGUGUGUGGAGGACAGCAAGGCAGAAUUUGAUCGUUGCAAAUUGUCGUGUCCAGUGGCUCGCCAGAGUGAAAACAAGAACAUCUACCUGGUCAGCAAGGAGACAUGGGAGAUCGGUGGCCUGGCCGUCAAGGAAUCAUCGGGGGAGGAGUGGAGUGUUCGCUUCAUGCUCAAACCAAAUUUUGAGGACAUUGGGAGGUCGUACCAAGUGGCCAUUGUGUCCAGCAAGUCUGACCCGAAAGUGCAGUCGUUUAAUGCGCCCUUCACGUGUGUGGACACUGGGGAUAUAGGCAAGCAGAUUGCCAUCUACGUGCCCGCCACGACCCUGCGCUGCAAUUCAAACCCGAACAGAUUGUGGGUCAAAGUUGGCAUUCAAGUCUCAGGUCGUGAUAAAAGUUGUGACAGAUAGGUGCAAUUUUCCUUCAGUUUUACAUUUACAGCUCGGGUAUGGCUUUUCUUUAUUGCGCACUGCUCCAGGAUGUCACUGGCCCUGCCUCAACAUAUUGGCAGUGAUUGCUGGAGGAUUUUGCAGGAUUGAGGCAGUGGUCACCCCUCCAAGGACCACAUCCAAGAAAUAAUUGAUGAUUUUGGAGGAUGGAGGUUGUAUGCAAGUUUUACAUGGAGGCAGUUGGAGGACUUUGCAGGAUUGAGGUUGCAUCCUAGCAAAAAAGCCUAGGGAGUUAGAGUUAAAUACUGUACCUCAAAAACCAAACUGUCUGGACAGCUGUGUUGUAGUCAAGUCUGUAGUAUCCUUACAAAGUCCUGCACAAGUCACAAGCUAUUCAAAUGAAAGUUUCAGAGGCACUUCUUAGUCAUUGUUCAUCCACUGUUACAUGCACAUGCGAUUAGACUUGUAAAAGGACUUGUCAUGGAUUCGACUUCAACACUGCUAGGAAAUUUCAUUGACAUUCAUUUAUCUUGUGUAUGCACUGUAAUAUGUGUUCUGUUUUAACUUCUUUUUUUUGUGUGACACAGUUUGAUAGAGUAGCACUGCACCAUUUUAUUGUAAAGUUAGUGUUACUACAUGUUCUGUUAGUUUUAAGCAAUAAGAACUACAAUGUAUAUUAGUUGUGCUAGAUCAAAUUUUUUUUGGCGAGUUUUAAAGAAGGUGUGCACAUGUGAAAAUGGAACAUCUUUUUAGAAAUGAUUGAUUUCUUUUAAAGGAUGCCAUUUCAGGCAGACUAAUUUCAGAUUACUUUCACAGGGUAUUUGUUGUUUCUCACUAAAUUGGUAGGUACGUUUUUGGGUACUUUGUAAUUGCAAAAGUUCCUGCAUGCCUUGAACGUUCAUUAUAUUUACAAAAUGU